AUGGCCGCAGCAGCGCAGACGGAAAUGGGGGCGGAGGAAGAAUGCCCGAAGCUCAUCAGCGCCAAAGUCCCAGUGACGAUCCUGACGGGGUUCCUCGGCAGUGGCAAGACGACGCUGCUGCACUACGUGCUCGCCGCGGAGCACCACCUCCGCAUUGCCGUCAUUGUCAACGAGUUUGAGUUUGGUCGGACGAUCGAGAAGGGGCUGACGCUCAAAAGCUCGCAGAAGCCGGACGACGAGUGGCUGGAGCUCAGCAACGGCUGCAUGUGCUGCACCGCCCAGUCCCAGACGGUGAAGGCGCUGGAGAGCCUCAUGGCGCGCAAGGGGACCUUUGACCUGGUGCUUGUGGAGACCUCCGGCCUCGCCGACCCGGGCCCGGUGGCCGCCAUGUUCUGGCAAGAUGAGGCUGUGUGUGGCUCGCUCUUUCUCUCCGGUAUUCUCACGCUGGUGGACGCGAAGAACAUCGGCAGGUAUCUGCACGACCCGCAGGUCUCGGGCGAGGCGGUGCGGCAGAUCAUCAUGGCGGACCGUGUUGUGCUCAACAAGUGCGACAUCGCCACGGAGGCGGAGCAGCGCCAGGCACUGGCCGAGGUGCGGUGCAUCAACCCGCUGGUGCCGGUGGUCCACGCGUCUCACUCCCGGCUGGAGAACCUGCGGGAGAUUCUCUUUCUGAACACCACGCGGCAGCUCGUGGAGCUGGAACACCUCCACCCCGCGGGCGCCCCCGCAGGCAUCACCGCCGUCUCACUGGAGUUUUUUGAGCAGCCGCGCUUCCUAGCGCUGCGCGACUUCGGCGAUGUGGACGCGAUUUGCCGGGAACUGCUGUACAAGGACCACGACCCUCCGUUUGAGGUGCUGCGCUGCAAGGCGGCGUUGUGGAUGCGGCGGGCGGGGCGGCUCUCUCUCCUGCAGCUGCAAACCAUUGGGGAGCUGUUUGACGUCACUCCGAUGGAAGGGCAAACCGUCCCGCUGGGCUGCUCCCGCGUGCUCAUCUUGGGCAAACAGCUGGACAAGGAGGUCUUGCGGAACAUCUUCCUGCAGUACAUGCGAGACGACACGGAGCCGUAA